GGAAAACUCACAAUACACGAAAAAGGAAAGUUAGCUAAUUAAGUUCAGUGCAGAGAUAUGAAGAGCAAUAUUAGAGUUCUGUUUGAAUCUCUCAUAUCAUGUGGAAAACCCUCUAAAGUUUUGUCUGAACCAGGAAAUGACAAAGACCAAGGACCAGUUGUAAUAGAUGAACCUGAAACUAUUGCACAAGGACAAAAGCAUCAAGAUGAACCAAAACAUGCACAAUUAGGACAAGACCAAAUGGUGAAACAUGAACCAGAAAAUGCACAAGGCCAAAUGGUGAAACAUGAAACAGAAAAUGGACAAGGACAAAUGGUGAUAGAUGAACCAAAAAAAGCAAAAGAACAAGUACAAGAGACAUUUGUAUAUCGAGCACAUAUAAAAACAUAUCGUAGAAUAGCAAUAACUUCACGACAAUCAAGACCUCCACGCAAACGACCACCUCCUCCUCCUCAGACUGGCAAAGCUCCUAACAAAUAGCGUUUGUCAUUUUCUAUUUGUUCGGUAAUUGCUUUGACUUUUUUAAAUCAUAUUUGGAUAUUUUAUUUUAUUUUUGAGAAGGAAGGGCAGAACAUUUACCAUAUAAUUGGUUUUUUACUUUCCCUAAAAGGAAUGCUAUGCCUUUUCUUGGAGGGAAAAAAUGUUUUGGACUUCUAUAAUUGAGAGUCCUUAUUUAUCUACUAUAUCCACGAUGUAAUCUUUAAGAGAGUCUUGUUUAAGGAUAAGUAUUCUCUUGAUAUUUUUGUACUCUCUUUUAAAUUAGUGAUGAAUAUAUUGCCUUUAUGUAGGUCAAUUGACCAAAUAAUGAUAAG